AUGGCUGCGGGCAUUAGGUUAGAACUAUAUAUGAGGGUGUCCGUACUUGCGCGGCGGACUAUCUCCGGGACGGUGGAUAUCCUUCCAGGGUUCGACAUUUGUACGGGUCAGCAUGUGGAUAAGGUGUUGAUCGCCAACUCCGAUGGCACUCUUCGAGCUUCUGCCGUGCAGGCGCGGGGUGUAGAGGGCACGGAGGCCGUCUAUCAAGCUAAGAAGGAAGACAUACUCACAGCCGGUGCUUAUGGAAGCCCAGCUAUUCUUCUUCGAUCUGGAGUUUGUCAGGCAGUCGAACUGACGGAACUCGGAAUCGAGACCAUAUCGGAUCUCCCAGGCGUGGGAAAGACUCUCCAGAGCCACUUGCAAGGACUCACCAAUCAUCACCUGAUCUGGCACCCCAGAGGGCGCGAGAAGACAGCGAAACAGUACAAGGGCUCCCACACGGGCUUCUUCUCCCAGUUCCCUUUCGGCGUCUUUGCAUGUGAACUCCUCGACGACCGCUUGAAAGACGCGGAGCUCUGGCAGCAAGCCCUUACUGACUCCGCCCAAAUUUCCGCUCGCGACCCGAUGGGCACUCUGAAAACCCAGCCACACGUCAAGGUCUGGAAUACCGAAUGCUACAGCCCGAAGUACAUGUUCAAAGAUUUUCCACGAGCAGGAAAGUACGCCUUCGCAAUGGCGACCACGUUCUUCUCGCCCCGAUCGUGCGGCAAGGUGACGUUGCAUUCCACGGAUCCCCAGGCCAAUCCGAAGGUGCAGCAUAACUACCUCAGCGACCAUGGUUUCGUUUAG